AGAACAGACCUAUGGCUGGUGGUGGCAGAGUCAACAUCGAAGUAUGCUUCGUGGUGUUCUGGGAAAGGCCUUUCGACUUGCUGGCUACACCAUUCAGUAUGGCUGUAUAGCUCAUUGUGCUUUUGAAUAUGUUGGUGGUGUUGUAAUGUGUUCUGGACCAUCAAUGGAACCCACAAUUCAAAAUUCAGAUAUUGUCUUUGCAGAAAAUCUUAGCCGACACUUUUACGGCAUCCAAAGAGGUGACAUUGUAAUUGCAAAAAGUCCUAGUGAUCCAAAAUCAAAUAUCUGUAAAAGAGUAAUUGGUUUGGAAGGAGACAAAAUCCUUACCACUAGUCCAUCUGAUAUCUUUAAGAGCCGUAGUUAUGUGCCAACAGGUCAUGUUUGGUUAGAAGGUGAUAACUUACAGAAUUCUACCGAUUCCAGGUAUUAUGGGCCUAUACCAUAUGGACUAAUAAGAGGACGGAUCUUCUUUAAGAUUUGGCCUUUCAGUGACUUUGGAUUUCUGCGUGACAGCCCAAAUGGCCACAGAUUUUCUGAUGAAUAAUAAGUAUUUCCUUUUAACUUGAUUAUUGUCUCCUAUUCAAGUGAAUUUAUUACUAUAGUUGAAACCAUGAACUUAACAAUAAACUAUUUGCUAUUCAA